AUGGGUUUUAUAGAGCCUGGAAAGCCUUUAAAAAGGCGAAGGACUCUCAAAGGAAAUCAUAAUUCUUCAAGCUUAAAGCCUCCAGGUAAGAAGAAGAUUACUAAUAGAAAAUACGAAGAGAAGAGAUCAAUAUUAGAAAGAAUGCCAGAAGAAUUAAGUUUGAGAAUCUUCGUUUCUACAGGACUAGAAGGAAACAACUUGCCACUUGCUAAUAAGUACUUAAACAACCUUCUUAGGUUUAGGCACGAAUCUGAGUCAAAACAAAGCUGGCGAAAUCUCUCUUUAGUUGAUGGAUUUUCUAGGUCGUAUUUUGAGUUUAAUUUGAAUGAAAAGGUUGACUUUAAAGACUACGAGGAAAGUUUAGACAUGUAUAUUAAAAGAUUCCCGGCCAGCAAUGAGAACGUGAAUGUAAUAAAGCUCAUUAGCUGUUUAGAGAUAUUCAAGAAGUUCUCUAAGGGGCUACUUAGCAGUUUCUUCAAGUAUAAGUUCAUUUCUCUCGAUUUGAUAGGCCAUUUAAAGACCAAGGAAUUCAAAGUGUUAGAUCAGAAACAAAUUUUAGAAGAAAUAAGCGAACGGCCAAGAUUAAUCGAAUCUUUAUUGGCGGCGAUUUCGAAUGACCUAAAUAACUUGACCCAUAAUGCAGAGCUGAUUAGCAAUAACAGUGAGAAUAGAAGUGAAAGCAACAAUCUAUUAACAGGGAGAGAUAACUUAAUGGAAAAUUCUGUCACUUUAGAUCGUGACUCCGGCGGUACAGAAACUCCCAACCCUUCACAAGCGGUUUCUUCUACUUUCAAUUACAGAACUUUUGAAAAAGCCUCGAAUUUUCCUGAGUGUUAUUAUAACAAUAUGUUGCAUUCGAGGAAACGUUUUGAAAUUGUGAAGAGCCUAAAUGGAACUUUCAAUUUGAAUUUUCUCAAGCUCAAUGAGGUUCUUGUCAAUGUUGCUAAAUCAUUUGACGAAAACAGAGAAAUACUGCUAUUUGAAGUACUCAGCUUUUUAAUCGAUUGUAAUGUAUCUGACGAAAAUGUCGACACUCAUUCGGUAAUAGAGUACCUUCGAAUCGUACACAAUUAUAAAGAAUCAAAGGACCAAAACUUAAAAGAAGACCUCAACAAAUCUUUACUUCAUUUGUUGUCCAUAUAUUAUAAAGAGAACCACAAGAAACAUGAUAGUGAAUUGUGGCUUUUUGUUAUGGAGAUAAAAAACUACGAUUUGUUUCAAUACUUAAUGAGAUUUAAUGACCACCCAAGUAAUGAUAUUUUACGUUUAAUGAAUUUAUAG